AUGCUGUCCGUCCGUCCAAGCUGGCGGGGCGGCACGGCAUGCUUGGCGUAUGUCAGACCGGGCCGGUACAGCACAUCAUUGGUUGGAAGAUUGGGCGACCCCAGCAUGAGUCUCGUCAAGGAGCCCAGGCUUGACAAGAAGUUUGCCGAGCACUUCAAAGAUCGCCUGAUCAUGGGAAGAUACGGGGUGAUCGGCCAGAUGUUCCCCCAUCCGCUGAGAGCGGGCUUGCCGUUGGGACUGCUUCACAGAUCUAUCGACGUCUUGGAAGAGCACGUGGUCCCCAUGUUGUUGAACGAGGGGCGCAUACCGAUGCCCGACAUGUCGAACGUCGAGGAGUUCAGGGAGGUCGUCACUGGUGCAGAUGGCAACGCGGUCGAGCUUCACAUUGCAAAGCCCAAAGACGUAGCUGGAGACGUUCCUGGAAUUCUGCAUUUGCACGGUGGCGGAAUGACUUUAAUGUCUACCAAAGACCCGUUGUAUCGCAGCCUGAGGGCUCGAAUGGCACGACUGGGAUUCGUGGUUGUCUCAGUCGAGUUCCGCAAUGCCUCUGGCAAGUUGGGCCGCUAUCCCUACCCGGCGGGACUCAACGAUUGCAUGAGCGCGCUGUCAUGGACUCACGCGCAUCGUAGGAAGUUGGGCAUAUCUAGGCUAAUUCUGAGUGGGGAGUCUGGCGGUGGCAACUUAUGCCUAUCUACGGCCCUCCGCGCCAGGCGGGAGGGGAGACUGCACGAGUUCGAUGGAGUAUUCGCCCUGUGCCCGUUCAUCGCUGGGCCCAGGCUUUGGGAGUCUGCGGGAGACAGGGGGUCGACCUCCUCUACCAAGCUUUGGCUGAAGUCGCUGAGGGAGUGCAGAGACUACCUCAUCUGCCACGAGCUGGUCAAGGUCUGCGCAAGGCUCUACGAUCCGGAGCGGAGGAACGAGGGCGACCCUUGCGCGUGGCCGCUCGUGGCGGAGGCCUCGGACCUGCGCGGGCUGCCCCCGCACGUGGUCAGCGUGAACGAGCUGGACCCCCUGCGCGACGAGGGCCUCGCGUACUGCGAGAGGCUCCGAGAGGCGGGCGUGCGCGCGGAGAGCCGCACGGUGCUAGGAACCCCGCACGCGGGAGACCUGUUCGCCGCCGCGGAGCCCGGGGUCGAGCACUUCUUCCUGGAGACCGUCGGGGCCAUGAAGUCGUUCGCGGACUCCCUGUGA